AUGUAUCCCUUUGCUAACACGGUCAAGUCCCAGACCUUCAGGCUUACCUCAUUUGAUGCUAUAGUAUCGCAUAUUAACACGUCAUUUGUAGCGUUCUACAAGAACAACACCUCCGAUGGCGAGGACUUUGCCUCUGAUGAUAUCAUUACAGCAGCCUUUUACAAGGCACUUGUCCAUUUCCCAAUCAUGGCAGGGGAGCUGGUUCAGCGGAAUGACGGUAGGUUCGAGAUUGUGGUCGACAAACCCAAGCUCAAUAUGCCCAACUACCGCAUGUCGAUAACAGACGAUGUCCAUUUUGGCCCUGUACAAUCUGCGAAAUUCAGCCCCCCUGCCUGGCCAAAGGGCCUGGCAACUGCUGGCGCCAUUGCGGUCGCAAAUCCCCAGUCUAACCAGCUCCAUCUCAUGCAUGCCCAUGUCGUGCGCUUCAAGGAAAACAGUGGCGCUGCUUUCUUUGUCAACAUUACCCACGUUGUUGGCGAUGCAUCCUGCUGUAGAGCAUUUGUGCAGGUCUGGGCCAACUACAUGCGUGAACUAAAAAUAGGCAGGGCAGCCGUUAAACUGCCGCUUCUCUUUGGCCGUGCGGUCUUCCAAAAGUGCAUCCCAUCUGAGCGCAUGCCCCUGGAUGAUAUGGCCCACGCAUUCCUUACUCAGCCUAAUCCCAAGGCUGAGAAGUUUGCUCGGCUCUCUUCUAAUGACUGCAGCAUGCUGGUUUUGAAAAGAUACAACAGCAUUGUGACCGUCGCAGUGGGCUAUUCAGAGUAG